AUGGAGAGGUGGGAUGUGGAUACCAUGUCAUUCCAUGUGUCCACAGGAGAGAUUACUGUGACACUGAUUGAAGUCUACCGCAUUCUACGGCUUCUCGUCUGGGGGGAGAAAGUGUCACCAGCGAUCCUUGUUGUCGUGGAGUUGGUUAGUCAGCAGGAGUGGGCCCUUGGAUGGAGGGUAGAUGCUACAGGUCAUGUAUACUUGCGAGCAAUGGGCGUCUUUACUACAGAUUUCCCUUCAAAUCCCCCACUUGUGUUCAACUAUACUGGGGAUAAUAUCCCUAAAACUAUUUGUGCACCAACUUUUGGGACAAAAGUGAAAGUGUUCAAUUAUAAUGAUACAGUUCAGGUUGUGUACCAGGGAACGAAUAUCUUCCAGGCAGAUGACCAUCCAAUGCAUCUUCAUGGUUAUGAUUUUUUUGUGGUGGGACAGGGUUUUGGAAACUAUAAUGAUCAGACAGACCCACUCAAUUUCAAUUUGGUGGAUCCACCACUAAAGAAUACUGUUGGGGUGCCUUUGAGUGGCUGGGCUGCAUUUAGAUUUAAAGCUGACAACCCAGGUGCUUGGUUUUUUCAUUGUCAUUUUGAUGAUCAUUUGACGUGGGGUUUGAAUACGGUGUUUGUGGUGAAGAACGUUCCAAGUUACUCGUCAAGUUUGGAGCCUCCUCCUCCUGAUCUUCCCAGAUGCUAGGAUGCUUGCCCAUAGAAUGUAUUCCCCACCAACACCAUAUAUUUUAUGGGUUCUAUUAGUUAAUAUAUUAACAAAUAAUAAUUGCUCAACAUGACUUGAAUUGAUCAUGUCAAAUUAAUAAAUCAGGGUAAUGUCCAUUCCUUAUUUUUUAUUUUCGAUAUACCAUGUAAUCCAUAUUUGGGUUUCGCCCUUGUUAUUCAAUUCCAUGAAAAUGUAAUAAUUUCAUUA